GUAAAUUUGCGUUGUGAGAAUCCGACUUACGUGUGAGCGUACACAACGGUCCAAUUCAAUCUGCUCCAAAACCUCAAAUUUUGUCCACAAAACUGUAAAACAAAAAAAUCCUUCCCUGUUCAUCGCCAUGUCCCUCUUCUUCCGUUCCUUACCCACCAUAGGUCUUCGCUCAAAACCUUCCCCUCUCACUUCUCUACCUUUCUUUUUCCUUAAUAAUUUCCACAACCACCCCAUUAUUAUUACCCCAACUUCACUUAUCAGUAGCCGCACACUUUCUUCCGCCUCUGCCACUGGUCCUUUAACUUCCGUUGAAACACUUACCCCUAGCACCAAAACUUCUCUAUCUCCUACAACUGCUGAUACUCUUCAAUGGGUUAGCAGGACUCAAUACUGUGGUGAAUUAUCCGAUAACGAUGUGGGUAAACGGGUUCGACUUUGCGGGUGGGUCGCCCUUCAUCGGAUUCAUGGUGGUUUGACUUUUGUCAACCUCAGGGACCAAACUGGAAUUGUUCAGAUUACGACACUUCCUGAUGAUUUUCCUGAUGCUCAUUCUGCUGUGAGCGAUCUGAGGCUUGAAUAUGUCGUUGCCAUUGAAGGUGUUGUUCGGCCUAGGCCAGCUGACUCUGCCAACAAAAAGAUGAAAACUGGCACGAUAGAGGUUGCUGCAGAGGAUGUCCAGGUGUUGAAUGCAGUAAGAUUGAAGUUGCCCUUCUUGGUAACAACUGCAGACGAUGCAAAAGAUUCAGCUAAGGAAGAAAUCAGAUUGCGAUAUCGAUGCCUUGAUUUACGCCGUCCACAAAUGAACUCAAAUAUAAUCUUGCGACAUAGAGUAGUGAAACUUCUCCGAAGAUACCUAGAAGAUGUGCAUGGUUUUGUCGAGAUUGAGACUCCAAUACUAUCUAGAUCUACUCCUGAAGGUGCUCGUGAUUAUUUGGUCCCUUCUAGAGUUCAGCCAGGAACAUUUUAUGCACUACCCCAGAGUCCUCAGCUGUUCAAGCAAAUGCUAAUGGUCUCUGGUUUUGAUAAGUACUAUCAAAUAGCAAGGUGCUUUAGGGAUGAAGAUUUGAGAGCUGACAGACAACCUGAGUUUACACAGCUAGAUAUAGAAAUGGCUUUCACUUCUAUGGAGGACAUGCUGAAACUCAAUGAGGAUUUGAUUAGAAAGGUUUUUCAGGAAAUCCAAGGUGUCCAACUGCCAAAUCCUUUUCCAAGGCUUACAUAUGCUGAAGCAAUGAGUCGAUAUGGUUCAGAUAGACCAGAUACUCGUUUUGAUGUCGAAUUGAGAGAUGUGUCCGGCAUUUUCUCCAAUUCCACAUUCAAGGUUUUCUCAGAUGCCUUAGCAAGUGGAGGAAUUAUUAAGGCCUUAUGUGUGCCUUCUGGGACAAAAACUUAUUCAAAUACUUCUUUGAAGAAAGGCGACAUAUGUAAAGAAGCAAUCAAAUCUGGGGCAAAGGGUUUGCCUUUUUUAAAGGUCUUGAAUGAUGGGAGCAUUGAAGGGAUUCCCCAGCUGGUUUCUAGUUUGGAUACGGAAAAGAAAGAGGAAUUGCUGAAUCAGUUGUCUGCGGUACCAGAUGAUCUUAUCUUGUUUGCUGUUGGUCACUAUGCAGAAGUCAAUAAAACUUUGGAUCGUCUGAGAACAUAUGUAGCACACGAAUUGGGUUUAAUUGACAAUUCCAGGCAUUCAAUACUCUGGGUGACUGACUUUCCAAUGUUU